CAACACCAGACAGGCUCUCCAUCCACCAUCAACCGCAAUGGCAAGUGUAGGACUCGGCGUCCCUGUAAAACUUCUCCACGAAUCUCUCGGCCACAUUAUCACUGUAGAACUAAAAACAGGCCAGCUUUACCGUGGAAAACUCGCUGAAGCCGAAGAUAAUCUCAACAUCUCUCUCAAAGAUAUCACAGUAACAGGCCGUGAUGGGCGUGUAUCUCAGCUAGAUCAGGUCUACAUUAGGGGUAGUAUGGUCAGAUUUUUCAUCGUUCCAGACAUGUUGCAGAAUGCACCAAUGUUCAAACGUGUGGGCCCAAAUGCUAUGCGGGGGAGAGGUAUUGGUACAGCGCGUGGACGUGCUACCAUCAUGCGCGCAAAUGCUCGUCGUGGUCGUGGCGUCCCAGCAGCACGGGGAAUCAGACGGUGAAAGCCGUAUUCUCAUGUCUUUAUAAACAUCUUCCUGCGACCAUUGUCAAGUUAUGUAGCAAAAAUGUAGAAUGCACUCAAAAAGCUUUCUUAUCUUAACCAUUCAGUAUACAUGUCACUUUUUAGUUCAGAUUGGAGAUACGAUAAAAUGAACUGGCAAA